AUGGUACCUUGGUGUCUUUUUGACAGAAUAACAGCGUCCUCGACCUAUGCUGUGCUAUACUCUACAGACUGGCCUGCCAACCCCUUUAUUGUAAUUAUUGAGCCUCUACCAAAAGCUGUGAAGAUUGAGCCUCGUGAUGGGCAGCAAUCAAACUGUGACUCGGGGCUCCCAGCUGGCUUCCUUGAAGUGGAGAAAGAGGAACCUUUCUUCAUGGAAGAAGACAGUGCUACAGUUGCUGACUUCAAACCGUUCCAAAUUCCAUUCCUGGGCUUGGAUUCUCUCAAGGCAGAGCCUGUCGAGGCUGGGGCAUCUCCAUCCAUCCCCCAGGCUCCUCCUGCAAACCAAGAACUCCCAACAAGGGCAGGAAUCUUUACAGCUGUUCAAAAAGCCUCUGAGACUGCCUGCUUAGCCUCUACUUCUCUGGAGGUGCACAAUUGUGGUGCUUCAAUGGCUCUUCCGCCUUCAGAAACUUCAACUUCCAAGAGCAAGAGUCAAACAAAUGAAAUGAAAAUCUCAUCCACUGAACAAGAAGCUGGUGAAGCUCGCCCGCCUAAUAAUGGCCGCCUUCCUCCUACUCCUGCACCAUCAGUAAAUUGUAACGUUCUCAGCUACAACGGAACGAGAACUGUCCCUGCAACGCGGGAGGCUUCUUUUAAGGCGAAAGAGGCGCACAAUUCUGUGGAUUUCAAACGUUCAAAGCAUCUGUGCAUCCAAUUAAAAAAAUGCAGUGUACUAUUGACUCGCAUUAAUGUUUCUGAAAAUUACAUUUACGUUUGCGAUGAAAAAAGCGAAAAUAAUAUUUGCUCAGAAGAAAUUGUAUUUCCAAAACCUCAUCCUAAGCAUGGUAGCGAAGAUUCAGAGCAACCUAAAAUGCACAGUGAAAAAGUGGGCAAAAGUGGAAUACCAAACUCAAGUGAAGAAAAUGAGCUAAGCUUUUCUAAAAAUACUGAUAGUCUGCGAAGGACAUCCCUCAAUCGUUCUAAGCGUCUAAAUGCUUCUAUGAAGGAGAUAAUUUCCUCCACAACCUCCCACGUACGUCGUAACAAAGAGAAGACUCUCAAGUGUCAUGUCUGUGGCGCAGCUUUCUGCUCUAAAUAUGAUCUUGACCGACAUAUCAACGCAGUUCAUCUUAAAUUGAGGCCCUACAAGUGCUCUAAGUGCGAUUAUGCCUCCAGUCAGGUUUCUCAUUUGCGUACCCAUUUAAACACAGUGCAUGCAAAGCUGAAGCCAUUCAAGUGCGACGAGUGUGACAGCUACUUUUCUCAGAAAGGUGAUCUAAAAACUCACAUUUCCAGGGUGCACCUCAAAGACAGACCGCACUCGUGCCCGCACUGUUCCUAUUCCUUGUGGUCGAAAGCAGGACUAGCUACGCAUGUUGCUAGCGUUCACUUGAAGCUGAAACCUCACAAGUGCCAGACAUGCAAGCGCGGGUUCUACCAGAAAAAUAAGCUAGAACAGCACAUGAAGUCGGUGCACAUGAAUUUGAGGGAUCACAAAUGUUCGCAGUGUGAUUACGCUGCAGGUUCUCGCGGGGUUCUCAAGAGACAUGUUGAUGCGGUGCAUCUGAAAAUAAAGAAACACAAGUGCGGAGUUUGUGAGUACAUCGCCACUAGCAAGUCUAAGCUCAUAAGCCAUGUUGCUCGUAAACACUGAAAAUCAAUUGGCUUGUCACACAGAGUAUAUAGAAAUGUUCUGAGUGCAAAUUUUCUACGAGUUUCCGAGGUCACCUUAUGAUGCACAGGGAUGUUACUCAUCUGAAACUGCUUAAAUGUUCUUACUGUUAUUUUGCCUCAAAUUAUCGUGGGAAUAUGAAGAAACGUGUGGAUGCGGUGCACCUGAAAGUAAAGAAUCACAAGUGCGAAGUUUGUCAAUACCGCGCCGCUCGGAAAUCCCAUCUUGUGAAGCAUGUCUCCACCAAACUUUGAAAAUCAGUAAUCUGCUCACUUUUAUUAUUGCUGGAGAAUCUCGCUUUCAUUUCCUUGCUACAAGAUGUUCAUUUCUCUCAGCUACAUUAUCAAAAUAAUAUUUUGUAUUAUUAUACGCUAUAUUUCACCUUGUUUAACGUUGUAUUGUACCGUGGUUAACGUUAUAUUUUAACUUGGUCAACGUUAUAUUUUAGCUUGAUUAGCGUUAUAUUGGUGGAUGGAAGCGAACAGGAAUAUUAAUCCUCUACCUAUAAAGUUUCACUAACCCCCUAAGUUUAGUUUCUCCAUUCGGGGCUCAGCACUUACCGUUAAAAUUUGUUAUUGCUCAUCUGUCCUCAAUUGAUGGCGUGCCAAAAUUCAUGUGUUGAUUGUAUUUACAUUGUGUUCUUCCUUUUUUUCGCUUAUUGCGGAAAAGUUUCAUGUCCGUCAAGCUGUCGACGCUGAUAAGGCCCAUCAUCUUCUGUAGUCGGGGUCAAGAUAAUGGACCUGGAGCCCAGCGCGCUUGUGUUCCUUCUACCUCAAAUUGCUAGAUUUGCUUCUUGACCCAUUUUGUGUUUAUUUUCAAAUAUAUGUGAUGCAUUUAUUAUGCAACCCUUUACAUUGGUUGUAGCGAAAGACUUUUUGUCCGAGACAAGAAUGGUUAUAGGUGUUUUUUGCUAAGUUGUGUGUGCUGAAUUCAAACUAAUAAAUAGUUUUGCUUCACCA